GGCACCAUCACCCUGUGUCUGAACCUACCCGACAAAGUGUUGCAAAAUCGGUCUCUCGUCGCCCAAGUGUUCCACCUCAAACAACCGUAAAUGGUCGGUAACUGAGAACCUUCCGCUGCUGCUGCUUCUACGGACGCGCUUCAGUACUUGUGUCCUAUUUUUGUUUCCUAUAUAUAUACCCACCAAUAUCCCCGAUUAGAAUCCCUAUUUCCCAAUGUAUCCCUGGCACUUCAAAAUUUAAACAUUUGCCGCAGAUCAUUCUCUCCAAAUUCUAGCUUUAAAUAUAUUUGUUUUCUCACCUAGGGUUUCGAUCCUCAGAUCCCGAAGCCUUGACUUCUUUAUGUAGCCCUAUUUUCGCUUCAUAUUCCUCCGAUUUCCCCCUUUUCUGAGGAAACUAGGGUUUUCAUUAUUUUUUUCACAGUCAGUUGUUUAAUUUAUUUCCAAUUGGAGAGUUGAUUUCAAUCAAGGGGUUUUGAAUAUUGUCCCCGAAAGUCUUUCUUUUCGGUGGAAAUUUUGGCUUUGACAAGUUGAGGAGAUGGGGGUUUGAAAUUGGUUAUCAUUUAUCAACAACACGUUUCCAUUACGACGAGGAGAAAGGUCAACGUGUUGUGGGUGCUGGGGAAGGGUGUGGUUUGACCCUGCAUUUUUUGCUAUAAACUGGAGCGGUCAAGAUGUUGGCUCUGAAUGGUAAUGGGCUGAAUAACAUAAGUUGUUCCUUUCAUUUGGCUGAAUGGCAUCCGUUACAAUAGCCAAGCUGAUCCGGGCUUGGAGCCCUCGCCUCCUCCUGUAAAUCAGGUGUUGGGGAUAUAUUUUUUCAGUUGCUGAUAAUUAAAGAAAUUACUUCAAGGUUCAAGUUUCUCAUGCUGAGUAAGAUUAUUGCCAGAAUGAUAGGCUGCUGCGGUUGCUUUGGCUUUGGUUUUAGCAGAAGGCCCAAACGACAACCAAGGCCAACUUCAGGCUUCAAUAAUCACCAUUCCCUGGAUUUGUUGUUGGAUGAAGAUAUUGAAGAUGAUGAGGAUUGUUCAUACAAUGGUGAUGUUACGGAUACCAAUCAUGGAGAUGAUGCUGAGUUGCACCACAGCCGCGCCAAACAUUCUGAAGAGAUUUUAAGGUUCAGAGAACAAAAUGGAAUGGUUUGCAGACAAUUUCCUGUCAAGGAAACUCAUAAAGUUGUUCGCACAGAGGAUGAAAACGGUAAUAAGAUGGUCAAUGAAUAUGUUCGUGAGUGUAAGAUUGGUGCUGGUAGCUAUGGGAAAGUGGUUUUAUAUCGAAGCAGUGUAGAUGGAGAGCAUUAUGCAAUCAAGGCCUUUCAUAAGUCUCAUUUGUUAAAGCUACGAGUUGCACCCUCAGAGACUGCUAUGACUGAUGUGUUUCGCGAGGUUCUUAUUAUGAAAAUGUUGGAUCAUCCUAAUAUAGUCAAUCUCGUCGAGGUGAUUGAUGACCCAAACACUGAUCACUUCUACAUGGUUCUUGAAUAUGUGGAGGGCAAAUGGGUUUGUGAGGGUUCAGGUCCACCAGGUGGCUUGGGAGAAACCACAGCAAGAAAGUACUUGCGGGAUAUAGUUUCGGGGCUUAUGUACCUCCAUGCUCAUAAUAUUGUGCAUGGUGAUAUUAAACCUGAUAAUUUGUUGGUUACUCGUAAUGGUACGGUUAAGAUUGGGGAUUUCAGCGUCAGCCAGGUGUUUGAGGAUGAUACUGAUGAGCUCCGUCGCUCCCCUGGGACUCCUGUUUUCACUGCCCCCGAGUGCUGUCUUGGUCUAACCUAUCACGGGAAAGCUGCAGACACGUGGGCCGUCGGAGUUACUUUGUACUGUAUGAUUCUGGGUCAAUAUCCAUUUCUAGGGGAGACCCUGCAGGAUACAUAUGAGAAGAUUGUUAAUAACCCCUUGGUUCUCCCGGAUGAUAUGAACCCAGAGCUGAAGGACUUGCUAGAGGGGCUUCUUUGCAAAGAACCAAACAUGAGAAUGACAUUGAAGGCUGUUGCGGAGCAUACCUGGGUUACUGUGGAAGACGGGCCAAUUCCUCAGUAUUUAUGUUGGUGCAAACGUAAGAGGCUGCAGAGGGAAGAAGCGGAUGGGAACAAUAAUGAUACUCACAUAACCCCUACUGACUAAAUUGUUUUCUUAGGUUUUUGUAUAGUAGAAAAGCUAUUUUUUUUCUUUUCCUUUUUAUUUUUAUUUUUAUUUUUUGAUGCAUCAAUUUGACUGGCAAGGAGGUAAAAAUCAUGACAGGCCGUUUCAAGGAAAAGUUUCUGGAGCACUUGAAAGCCCAAAGAGUGAGUUGGUGAUUAGUAUUUUUGAGUUGAUAACUGCAGAAAUUCAGUACUUGUGAGUUGGGGAUUUUGUCAUGAUUUGAAGAGAAGAAACAUGUCUUGUACCAGUCCUGGAUCUAAAAUAUUGUUUGAGUUAUUUGAUUGAGAAUCUAAUUUCAUAUUGGAGGAUAUAUGAAACUGUAUCUGAAUUGAGUAAUGAUAAUGGCCCUUCAAUGUUAAUUGGGCUUGUGAGUAGGUUUGCUACCUGUAUGCUGCAUGAAGCUCUUGUGCCAUAAAUAUUAUCUAAUAAAAUCGAAUGAAAUUCAGUAGAAGAAAUAUGAUUUCA